AUGGCCGACCUCGCGCCUGCAAGCGCCGCCCAGUCGCUGUCUACCACGGCCUCUGCCUCCAACUCCACACAGGCCUCGAGGGCUACCACACCCACCGGCGCACCGGCGGAGAAGCCACCGGAUGACAGCUCCAAGUUCAAGACCUUCUUGGGCAUCUUGAGGAGGUUCAUCGGCGUGUCCGACCUCGCUGCCGUCCGAUUCUCCUUGCCCGCACAGCUUCUCGAGCCCCGACCGAACCUAGAGUAUUGGCACUACCUGGACAGACCAGAUACCUUCAUCAGCAUUGGCGAUUCAGAUGAAGAUCUCGGCCGCAUGCUGGGAUGUCUGCGCUUCUGGUUUACCAAGGACCUGAAAUACGUCAAGGGUAAACCAUGCAAGCCCUACAACUCCACACUGGGCGAAUUCUUCAGGGUAGAUACCACAGCCUCAUACAAUAUGCUUGCCGCUGACAUUCCACAGUGCAACUGGAAGAUCGAAGAUACCCACCCUACUCUCAAGACACCAAACUCGGCACCCUCGAGCCGCGCAAGCAGCGUCAAGGGGGAUAACAAGACCGUCACCGUUUCCUACAUCACCGAACAGACCUCCCACCACCCCCCCGUUUCCGCCUUCUACGUCGAUUGCCCUGAAAAGGGCAUCAGCGCGAGGGGCUACGAUCAACUCAGCGCAAAGUUCACGGGCACGAGCGUGCGCGUCUCUGCUGGAGCACACAACCUAGGCAUCUUCAUAACCCUCAAGAACAGGGAUAAUGAGGAAUACCAGCUCACACAUCCGGCCGCGUACUUGGGCGGUUUCUUGAGAGGUACACUCAAUGUCUCAGUCGCCGACAGCUGCUACAUCACCUGCCCAAGAACCGGGCUCAAGACCAUACUAGAAUACCAAGAAGAAGGUUGGCUCGGACGAUCACAGAACAAGGUCAUUGGAGUCAUCUUCAAGUACGACUCGAAGAAUGACAACAUCACCAAGGUCAAGGAUGUUCCCGAAAAGGAUGUUCUUGCACGGAUAGAAGGCUGCUGGCAAGAUAAGGUCUACUACACCCUUGGUAGCAAGCCCUUCAACAAGGUUCCAGAAAAGCACCUCAUCAUCGACGUCAACCCUCUCGAGCCCAUCCCAAAGAUUGUCCCUCCUCUCGAAGAGCAGCUCCCCAACGAAUCCCUCAAGUUUUGGGAAGGCGUGACCAACGCCAUAGUAGGCAAACAGUACACCCUCGCCACCAGCCUCAAAACCGAGAUCGAGGAGAAGCAAAGAGCCAAGGCCGCCGAGCGCAAGGCCGCCGAUAAAGAGUGGAAACCUCGCUUCUUCACCGGCUCCGUCACCCCCAUUGGCAGACCGGAUCUCACCCCCGACGGCGAAGAGGCGCUCCGGGGUCUGCACGUGGAGAAGUACCAACUCCCGCAUAACAAGGAGUAUGCGGCUUUUUAG